UGGGGCGGCCUCGCCUCGGGCCGGUGGUUUUCGCCCUCCGUUGGCCGCCAGAGGCUCCCUCUCUCCCUCUCCUGGGAUUUUGCUGCCGGGCUCCCUCUCUCUGCGGCCCUAGAGUUAAUCCCAUCAGCCGAGAUGAACCUGUAGUCUUGCUUUGAAAAAGCCAUUUUGUGUAACUCUUGACUGAAUAAUUUCCUAAUACACCUGUUGGGAGGAUCACUGACCCAGUAUGCCAUUUGAGAGGCACUUUUUCUUGACCAGAUACUGGUGAUUAGAGAAGAGAGGUGUUUUGUUUUUUUGGUUUUUUUUCCUGAUCAUUAUGAACAUUGGCUUUUCACCCCUGAAGUAAAAAUGUUGAAAACUGAGUCUUCGGGUGAACGUACCACGCUCAGAAGUGCCUCUCCUCACAGGAAUGCAUAUAGAACUGAGUUCCAGGCAUUGAAAAGUACCUUUGACAAACCCAAGUCAGAUGGGGAACAAAAAACAAAAGAAGGUGAGGGCUCCCAGCAGAGCAGGGGGAGGAAAUAUGGCUCCAAUGUCAACAGAAUUAAAAACCUAUUUAUGCAGAUGGGCAUGGAACCCAGUGAAAAUGCCGCGGUCAUUGCCAAAACAAGGGGCAAAGGUGGACCUUCGUCCCCUCAGAGGCGAAUGAAGCCCAAAGAGUUUCUGGAAAAAACAGAUGGCUCGGUUGUUAAGCUGGAGUCCUCUGUUUCAGAACGAAUUAGUAGAUUUGACACAAUGUACGAUGGCCCUUCAUAUUCUAAGUUCUCAGAAACUCGCAAGAUGUUUGAGAGGAGUGUGCAUGGGUCAGGACAGAACAACCGCUGUUCCCCAAAGAAGGAGAAAGCUGGAGGGAGUGAGCCUCAGGAGGAGUGGGGUGGUUCCAAGUCCAACCGAGGCAGUACUGAUUCCUUGGACAGUCUCAGCUCCCGGACGGAGGCUGUCUCCCCAACUGUGAGUCAACUGAGUGCAGUGUUUGAGAACACCGAUUCCCCCAGUGCCAUCAUUGCCGAGAAGGCUGAGAACAACGAGUACUCGGUGACUGGGCAUUAUCCCCUGAAUUUACCAUCUGUUACCGUGACAAAUCUUGACACCUUUGGACACCUUAAAGAUUCUAAUUCUUGGUCUCCUCCAAGCAAGCACAGUGACGAUGCAGAGGAUGCUCCCAAGAGUACCACGAGCCCAGGACUAGAGGUGGCUUCGAAAAGUACCUCUCUAGCUCCUGUGCCUAGCGAAGAGGCACAGCAGAGCAAGGCAGCCGAGGCACCCACAUCUAGCCACGAGGCUCCCGACAGAACUGACAGAGACAUCCCUGAAGAAGCUGGUGCCGAAAGCAAGGCAGUGCCAGAGCUUGAAAUCCCCUCACCACAGAACGAACCUUCAGAAGACGCAGAAGCUCGUUUGGUUGGGAGUGAGGCAGCAAUGCAACAGAAGAGAGAACUUGCAGGUGGUGAUUUCGCCCCUGCUGAUGUAUCUAGGUUCACUUGUGAAAAGGACGUAUUUGAAGAGCCGCAUCAUUUCGGGAGCUCCCAUGUUUACAUGCACAGUGACUAUAAUGUCUAUAGGGUGAGAUCCAGGUAUAAUUCAGACUGGGGAGAGACAGGCACUGAACAGGAGGAGCAGGAAGAUAGUGAUGAAAACAAUUACUGUCAGCCUGAUUUGGAGUACUCCGAGAUCGUUGGAUUGCCAGAAGAAGACGACAUCCCGGCAAAUAGGAAAAUUAAGUUUAGUAGUGCUCCGAUUAAGGUCUUCAGCACAUACUCCAACGAAGACUAUGACAGGAGGAAUGAUGAAGUUGACCCUGUAGCUGCUUCGGCUGAGUAUGAACUUGAAAAACGGGUAGAAAAGCUGGAACUUUUCCCAGUGGAACUAGAAAAAGAUGAGGAUGGACUUGGCAUAAGUAUUAUUGGAAUGGGUGUUGGAGCAGAUGCAGGCCUUGAAAAGCUGGGAAUAUUUGUCAAGACAGUGACAGAAGGUGGUGCUGCUCAGCGAGAUGGCAGAAUACAAGUCAAUGACCAGAUUGUGGAAGUGGAUGGAAUCAGCUUGGUGGGUGUCACACAGAAUUUUGCUGCAACAGUUCUAAGAAACACCAAGGGCAAUGUCAGAUUUGUUAUUGGGCGAGAAAAACCAGGACAAGUGAGUGAGGUUGCCCAGUUGAUAAGCCAGACGCUGGAACAAGAAAGACGCCAGAGAGAGCUGCUUGAACAGCACUAUGCCCAGUAUGAUGCUGACGACGAUGAGAACACUGUGGCUGAAUUGCAAGGAGUGUCUGGCAACUGCAAUAACAAUAACAACUAUUUCCUAAAGACAGGAGAGUAUGCCACAGAUGAAGAGGAGGACGAGGCCGGGCCUGUUCUUCCUGGUGGUGACAUGGCCGUUGAAGUCUUCGAGCUGCCUGAGAGCGAGGACGUGUUCUCCCCGUCAGGCCUGGACACAAGCAAGCUCAGUCACAAAUUCAAAGAGUUGCAAAUCAAACAUGCAGUUACAGAAGCAGAGAUUCAAAAAUUGAAGACCAAGCUGCAAGCUGCAGAAAAUGAGAAAGUGAGGUGGGAACUAGAAAAAACCCAACUUCAACAGAAUAUAGAAGAGAAUAAAGAAAGAAUGAUGAAGUUGGAGAGCUACUGGAUUGAGGCUCAAACGUUAUGUCACACAGUGAACGAACACCUCAAAGAGACUCAAAGCCAGUAUCAGGCCUUGGAAAAGAAGUACAACAAGGCGAAGAAACUGAUCAAGGAUUUUCAACAAAAAGAACUUGAUUUCAUCAAAAGACAGGAAGCAGAAAGAAAGAAAAUAGAAGAUUUGGAAAAAGCUCAUCUCGUGGAAGUUCAAGGCUUGCAAGUACGGAUUAGAGAUUUGGAAGCUGAGGUGUUCAGGCUACUGAAGCAAAAUGGGACUCAAGUUAACAACAACAACAAUAUCUUUGAGAGAAGGACAUCUCUUGGUGAGGUCUCUAAAGGAGAUACCUUGGAGAACUUGGAUAUCAAGCAGACAUCUUGUCAAGAUGGCCUAAGUCAAGACUUUAAUGAAGCAGUCCCAGAGACAGAGCGCCUGGAUUCAAAAGCACUGAAAACUCGGGCCCAGCUCUCCAUGAAGAACAGACGCCAGAGACCGUCUAGGACAAGACUCUAUGACAGUGUCAGCUCAACUGAUGGGGAGGACAGUCUGGAGCGAAAGCCUUCAAACAGUCUCUAUAACCACAUGCACAUUACCAAAUCACUUCUGCCCAAGGGUUUGAGAGCUUCUCCAGAAUCAGAUUCUGGUGCUUCAUCCCUCAGUCCAGUGGCUGGAAGUGUGCCCUUCUCGUCUGACCACAUAGCUGAAUUUCAAGAAGGACCACUCUACUCGGAAGGGGAGCCUUCCUCCUCUGUUGGGGAAGACACUUCACUCUCCUCUCCUUCAAAAUCUGAUCAUGAUACGGAAGAACUGCCUUGCCACAAUCAAGCCACCACCACGAAAAUACUGCAAGAGAAAGAUGGUGCCAAAGGUCCCAAAUCACUAAGGGCAUCCAGUUCAUUGGUGGUACGAGGAGGAAAAAUUAAGCGGAAGUUCGUGAAUCUGGGGGCACCUUUGCGGAAGAAUUCCAACAAGGGAAAGAAAUGGAAAGAGAAAGAGAAAGAAGCCAAUAGGUUUUCUCCAGGUAGCAGGAUCUUCAGAUGCAGGCUGGAAACCUGGAAACCAACGCCAUCCUCCACUGCUCAGGCCUCCACACGCUCAACUGGCCUGCCUUUCUCGUGGUUUAAUGAAAGCCGAAAAGGAUCCUAUUCCUUCAGGAAUCUGCCUUCAUCUGCAAGUCCCCUUCAGCCUUCUCCUGAAGCUCUAAUUUCAGAUAAAAAGGGGUCUAAGAAUUUUCCCUUCAAUGAUGAUUUCAGUCCUAGCAGCACUAGUUCAGCAGACCUGAGCGGCCUGGGAGCAGAACCCAAAACGCCUGGCCUCUCUCCGUCCUUGCUGCUCUCAUCCGACGAGAGCCUGGAUAUGAUAGAUGACGAGAUCCUUGAUGACGGACAGUCUCCCAAACACAGUCAGUAUCCGAAUCGGGCCGUUCAUGAGUGGAGCGUGCAGCAGGUUUCUCACUGGCUAAUGAGCCUAAAUCUGGAGCAGUAUGUCUCUGAAUUCAGUGCCCAAAACAUCACUGGAGAGCAACUCCUGCAGUUGGAUGGAAAUAAACUUAAGGCCCUCGGAAUGACAUCAUCCCAGGACCGAGCCGUGGUCAAAAAAAAACUGAAGGAAAUGAAGGUGUCUCUAGAGAAGGCUCGGAAGGCCCAGGAGAAAAUGGAAAAACAGAGAGAGAAGCUGAGGAGGAAGGAACAAGAGCAGAUGCAGAGGAAGUCUAAGAAGACGGAGAGGCUGGCCGCGGCCGCAGAGGGUGCUAGUGAGCAGUGACACGCACCGAGGCGCUUCCGCCUCUCCUGCCCUGCUCUCCUCUGGAGGACAGAAAGACACUGAUGACACGCGUUACGUGCUCUAGGCAGACUGGGGAACCGUGUGUUCAAUAACUGCAAUCUUCUGCGUCCAUAGAGUACACUCUUAAUCUUAACCUACUGAAGCAAUCCCAAGCCACCUCUGGUCUAGUAACAGACUAAGGGUCUCAUUGCGAGAGACACAAAGUAGCAGCCUUUCUCUGUGUCGGGUGGGUGGUGUCCCCUGAAGAACCAGCGUGACCCUGUCCAGAGAAAGCAUGACACACCCUGGCGUCGUCAGGGGCGCGCCAUGCCUUUCCAGCGCGGGGUCCUGAAGCUGAGCCCUGGCGCAUGUCUGCAUGGCCGGGAGCACCGCUCUGCCUUGAGAUCAGGGCUGCAGAAUCGCUCAGAGAGCAGGGUCCCCCAUCGUUGCUGCUGUCUGGACUGUGAGACAGCCCCACCGUGGAAAUGUGGGUGCUCUGUCGUGUAAUUACUGACUGUGGCUAAAAGCAGGCAAAUUGUUCUGUUUGCUAGGCAUCAAGAAGAGAGAAAAGAGUUACGCUUGCUUGCUAACCCCAGAAGGAAGCAAAAGCCUUAAGAAUGUGGAUGUGGAUAUUACUUUGGGGUUCCGAGGGUAACAUUUAUCCUCCAGAUUUAGCCAAACGAAGGAAAAUUCAAGCACUGAUGCAGCCAUGGGUACUGGGACCUGUUGUUUCCUUGGUGCAGCAGCAGCCUGUUCAGUGUUUCAGGAGCACCGACACACAGCACGGUUCCUUCUUUUCUCCAACAAAUCGAACAGGAAAUUGAUUUUAAAGGAAACCAACAUUUUCAGGUUUCCUCUCCUGGGGAACAUUCGGGCUAGUCUUCAGCCUGACUAUGACACAAUCAGGAACUCAUCACAUAUUUUCUAUUCAAGAUUUCCCAAGUGGGCUCAGUUAGAGUUUUAACAAAUGUACUUUUAAGAAAAAUAGAAAUACCAGUUAGAGAAAAGUUAGAUUUGACUAACAUUCAACCAGAGAAGCAAUUUUAUUGAGCACACAGAAUGUUCCCAUAAAGGAGAGCUCUCAGUUAUAUUUUAGAGAUGUUUUGAAUGGUUUUUCUGAGCCGGUCUCUUUCAUUCCUUGGAGAUUUCCACUUUACAGUUAAAGUUUGUUUAAGAUGGUACAUCCGAUGCAGUCUAGCAGUGCAGGCAGUUGUCCUUAUUUUAAAGCCAGUAUUAAGGAUUUCAGUGUUUCAUCGAAUUAAUCCAAGUGCAGGAGAGUGGGGCAGACGGAGGAGAAAAUAAACUCACCUUGAGAAAUUUCAAAUGAUGGACUUUGCUGUUGUCGUUGCUCUUUUGCUUUUUAUGCUCACGUAUCUAGUUCUCUUAGCUGCGUUGGCUGCAAAAAUGAGGUCAUCCGCUUUUCAGAGGACGAGUUACCAAACAAGAAUUGAGGCCAGAUGAAUUCCUGGACAAGUAGUUUACUUCCUUUUCUUAGGUUUCAUGGGGGUCUCAGUCCUUAUCUUCCACUGGAAAAUGUUCUAUACACAGAGCUUAGGGGAAAGCUUUCAAAGGUUACAAGUAACAAAUAACGUUAAAGGGGCUUCUUACCAUACAGGCCAUCUCCUAUUUUGAACAUUGUGCUUUUUUCCUUUUUUCUUGCUUGUCUGAAUAUUCAAAAUCUAAAAUUGUCUAAACUAGAAGUUUGUAAUCUUGUUCUUCCCUAAGACUCAUUUCCUUUUCAGUACCAGAGUAUUGUCUGUUAAGCUUCAGUCCCUUUGUCACUAGGUAUAGCUCAUCCAUUCGAUCCUCAGAAGCAUAAAGUAACAUUGUGUUUUAUAAUUAUCAAAGUCACUACCUAUUUUUCUUCUAUCUUCAUUUGGGGUAUGAUAAUGAAACUGCCGUACUGGAAUCUCUAUUAAUAUUUUGAGGUGUGUGGUGCUUUGUUAUUUAUUAAUGUCAUGAGAAACCAGGAACCACUAUCAAUUAACUACAAAAUUCAGCAAAUCUUUUCAAUACUAAAAGACUAAAUUAGUCAAAAUCUGGUAAUGCUAGUGCUUGCUGUUGUAAAUGUUUGUGAUUUUUGCUUAUCUUUGGGGAAGAAAGUGAUCUGGAUCAUACUGGAAGCUUCACUGUGUUCAUUUUAGGAGUGGAAAUAGAAGGAUGAUUAUCUUAUGUUUACACUUUGGUAAUAUUUGAAAAUGGAUGUAUAUACUGGAAAUGUCUGUAAGUCUCAGUCUCUGCACAUAAUUUAUGAUUAUAUUGCAUUUUUAAGUAUCUUAGAAGGAUUGUUCUUUAACUUUAUUUGUACACUUCCAAUAUUUAGAUCAAUGACCAGUUGACAAUAUUAUAAAUUGAAUUCUUAUUCUUCAAAUCAUUUAUUUUGUAUUAUAAUUGUUUUGAUUUUUUUAAGUUAAAUUAUAGUAAUUUUAGAUCUUAAUGAGUUAUUUUAAGUAGUUAAAACUGCUAAAAUUGAUUUGAUUGUCCAACAAAGGAUAAAAAGUAAACAGAUUGAUAAAAGGAUUUGAAAACAAAGUGAAGGACCUCAUAUCUUGUGAACAUUUGUUUUACUAUUAUUUUCUUUAUUGACUCUGGAGCAUGAUGCCUCAUUGAGGUUCCAGUGUCUUAUACAAUACUUACUUUAACGCUAGUGGUUUUCAGUAUCCUUAAAAUUUAACACAGAAUUGUCGCUUCAUGAACAUUAAAGACUUUGUAUUAAAUAGCUUUUUUAUUUGCCAGAAAAUGAACAAAAAGGGAAUAUCUGCUUACUUUGAACUGUAUUCCCUAUACGACAGCUCGGUAUGAUGCCCGCAGUAGCCAAAAGUGUUUUUGGGGUACAGGUAAUGCUUUAGGGGACAGGGAAUUGUGGAGAGGCCAGAUGGCAGACAGAGCGUUGUGUGAGCUGAGUGUCUGGGGCAGGGUGUUCCACUACAGGACUUAGAUGACUUUAUUUCAGAGUAUCUCUCUUAAAGUAACUCACAGGUUAUAAAUAGUUUUCUCCCGUUGUUUUUUCCCUGAAUCAGUUUACUGCAGUGAUAAGUAGGGUGGAAACUUACUUUUGCCCGUUGGAAUGCACUGAUGACGUCCACCAUUGGUUUCAUGACCACACAGCUACUCUGUGCUGGGGUCCUUUCAUGGGGCUGACGUGGGCUUCCCGCCCUCACAGCGGGUCAGCGCUUCUGACCCGCCACAGCCCGUGACUGCAGUGAGACAGGCCCUGAUUCCCAGCUCCGCCUUCAGGGGGCGCGAAAUGGGAACACUGGCUGCGCGGCUUUGUUGUUGGAAAGCAAGGGAGAAGAGGCCAGGACAGGAGCCGAAUGAGCCCUUGCUUUUAUCCUGUAGUCGCUGCUUCCUGCAGCCUUGAGAUAGCCCAGGCCCAGUCUACUGCUAGGCCCGAGCCAGGGUUCGAUCUAGCACCUUAACUCGCCUUUAUGGCUUUUUGCUGAAGACAAAAUUUCUCUGUGAAAUAGGACUAAGACAUGCUUUAGAACUAUAUUUUAAAAAGGUAAAUGAAAAUUAACAUUUAUGUUGCUAUUCUAACUCAUUUUUAAGUGUUAAAGAUUAUACAGGCUAAGGUGCAAGAGAGCAGAAUCCAUGUUUGACCACAGUAUUCAGAAAGUUUCAAACUGAAAGGCAUGUCUAUGCUCCGGAUGGGAUGUAGCUCCUUGAUUACAUCGAGAUAUUUCCAAAUUAUCAACUUCCAUUUGAGUAACUAAAUUUACUGUUCCAAUAGAGCUGUGGUUCCGAGGCGUUUCAGUUUGGACCGCAGUCACAAGGGUUCAUGUCAUUUGCUUGAUCCCAAGUCCUUAGUGCUUUCUAAAUGAAAAAGAAAAGCUCAGUUUUUAAAAUACCUUUUUCCAGUUUACCUUUAAUCAAGGAUCUACCUGUACACUGUUCUGAAACUAAGCAUUUAAGGAUGAAGUCCAGAAAUGUCCAUAUUUCCUUCUAGAAUUGUUUUCAUUAUGAAGAUGGGGGUGGGAAAUAAAUUCUUAGAAAGACUCCUUGUCAUAAGAAAUAUGAAUGUGCUUCAGCAAUUUCACUCCUGAAGAACAGUCUGUGUAUGCAGGCAGAUCUUGUUUAUAUUUGUCUUAGGCAUUUGCAGUCUCAGAAAAGUUGGUCCUGAUCCAAAACACUGAGGAAAAAAAAAAUAACACCAGUAGUAUUUAAAGUAAUAGCAUAGAAUAGACCCAAUGGAGAAGUCAGAAAGCAAAGGAAAAGCCUACAGAAGUAUUUUCUCCUGGAACAUGGAAACAUCAGGGUCUACCUGACACUAAAGAGAGGAUCCUUAUGUCCUUGUGUGUGCACAUCUGUGUGGCUGUGUUAAGGGAAUCGUGUUUACUCAAAGGCUCACACGUGUGAGUGUGUGAACCAGCAUGGCAUGUGACCAUGACCCACAGAGUGGGGAAUGAAAGAAACAUCAUGAUUCCAGUCCUUGGCCCCACACUAACCCCAGCCCCCAGACCGCUAGGGACUCAAGAAUGAAUGCGGUAAAGAAUAAGAGAACAAGAGGCAACUUCUCAAGAAUGUGCAUGCCAUUUGUGUUGAUGUACAGAGCUACAUAUGUGUGAAUAUAUCUCCCACCAUACAUAAACACACAGACUACAAUCUCACGGCAUAAAAAAUAAUUGUACAUGGAACUUGGUAAUGUCAGAUAGGACCCCAAGCAGUAUCGUAGCCUUAUUGCCACUUUUGUGUGUGUGUGUGUGUACAUUGAAUGGCACAUGAGAUUUUAAGAGAUUUUUUUUUAAUGUAUUUCUACUAAAUGCACUUACCUUCUACAUGUUUAUAUAUUUUGGUAAAAUUGGUUUAUUAGAUACUCGGUAUUUUAGUAACAUGAAAUUUCCUCACAUGUUUGGCUAAUGCUUUGAUGUCAAGAUUGCACAUUGCUGAGUUGAAGCUCAGACGUUUAUGCAGCUUUGGGCAUUUUCAACUGCAGACUGCAGUUUCUUUGGCUAAAAAUUGCACUGUGUGUUCCUGUGCAUUUGCUCACGCUCUAAAAUGUAUUUGGUCACUGUGACACUGCAGUCACUAACUGCCGUCUCUCUUGACGGCAGCGUUACUAUCACAGGACCAUUUAUUUACUUCUUUUUUGGAGUGGUGACAUGGUUAGGUCAUCACCAAACAUAACACAAGUGGAUGUGAGCAUGAGUAUGUUGUUGGAAGGUGUACAGUUCUGUUUCCUUCAGCUAUCUGAUUCACACACCCAGAUUUCCUGUUAAAAGAACAAUUGGCCAAAAUAAUUAAUUCACCUUAACAAGUGGAAAUUAAGAGGCACUCCAGCUAGAUAGCAUCUCCCAGCAACAUCAGAUUUAGUUAGUGCUUAGAGAAAACCCUGAAAUAUAUGUUUAUGUUUUCCUUAAUAUUAUUUAUGAUCAUCACUACUGCUUUUGUAUUUUUUAAUGGUGUCACAGUUAAACCACUCGUUCACCUACAUAUCACUAAUUGGCCAGCUGAAAACACAAGAGAGAAAAUGAAUUCUAUUCCGUUGUUGAGAAGUUGAUUUAUUUUCAUCUUUCUUUCUGUAUCACUAAAAGGAAAAGAGUUGUUUGAAAAUAAUUUUAAGUUCAAUAAGUAUGGAUAGCAUGUUAUCUGAAAAUUUUAAUUUGUACAUUUUGAUGUCUGAUCAUCUGCAUGGAAGAGACACUAGUGCCACAUCUGGAUUGUUCUCUUAUGCUUGGUUAAUAUGUACUUCUCUAGAUUGUUCUGUUUCAAACGCCAUUUCUUACUCUUCGGUUUUCAGAGGCAUUCAAAGCAAAAUAUCACAGUGGUCCUUUGUUUUCUGACCAAUCUAAAAAUACCUGUGAUUAAAUUUCAUUUGUUAGUGUAAAUAAAUUUCUUGCCAAUGAGUAUUAUUGUUGUUAGACAACGAAUGCAAUAAAAAGAGAAAUACUAAGA